AUGCCGGCUCUGAGCGACAAUCUCUCCAUACUGGUCGACGGGAUUGCCGCCGCCAUACACAGCUCCUUGAAGAAGCUCGUUUCCACCAAGAUCGCGGACGCCUCCAAGAAGAUUCAGGUCGAAUUGGAUUUUGGGGGCAUGCGCAAUCAGAUCCUCGCGAACGUCGAGUAUCUUUACCCUUUGCUGGCGGGUGACGAUGUGGUGGAAGGGGCAAAGUUCGAGGUUCUGACCGUAGGAGUUGGUAGCUCGGUAUCUGCCAGCGUUGUAUUCACGAGGAACAAGUCACGGCGCGUAUUCAUUCUUGGCCCCGAUGCUGAAGGAGAAGCAAAUGCGCUAUGGAAGCUAUUGAACAUGACCAGUGACUUGUUGUGUCGCAAUUGGGCUGGCUUCUAUUCGCCAGGCAACCGCUGGAAGGCAGUCAGGUUGGAAGGGCAGGGAAAGAGCUACUACUUUACCAAUGUGGACGACAGCCACGACGAAGACGAUGAGUAG